CUGGAGAGGAGCAUACAGCAGCUUAGGCCGGCGCUCACUAUUUUAUGUAAAUUGUGCAACAUGUCCUCGAAAUACAAAUUGAAGACUACGGGACUUGACUUGAUACCGUUAACGAAGCCCAACCCGUUGGAAACGCAUUGUCGGGGCAAGACGACCCAAGACGACCCAGGACAGGCGAGCUCGUUGCGCGACAGUUGGAUCAUAUCGAUCGAACAAGACGCCGAGUUGCAGCUGGCAGCGACAUCACUGUUGCCCUGCCGCACCUCGCUCGCCGGCGGUGUGCUCAUCACAUUCAGUUAUUCACGCUUUUCUGCUUCUGAACUUCUUCUCAAGGUCUAGACGUUCCGAAUUUUUCAUAGCGCGGGAAUGCUGAGACGGGCAUAGGCGGCGCGGACGGCCGGAUGGCCAGCCCCGCCUGAACUUCCGCCGCUUUCUCGUCGACAUCCACAGCACCAACGCGCCAGCCACACCCCGCUGAAGCCAUUGCGCGUUUGAUUCCGACUCAGUCUAGCCCGAAGCAGGAUAUGAGCUCCUGCUUUGUUUCCAAGUUGAUAAUGGAGGGUGAUGCUCACGUUUAUAUUUAGGGAAUUGAGCUUAUCCAUCCCAUCUCCAAAGCCCGAAUCCACCGAGCUGAGCUCACCGGCAAACAGGGGUUUUUGUUUUCCUGUCUUGCUCUCUGCGAGCUUCUGCCCCGCACUUGGUUCCCUCUUCUUCCAAGACUUUUGAAAUAUCUCGCCCAUUGAUACCCUCUACCUAAAACUCAUCUUACACCCAACUACCGUUGUUAUUUUCUGCGACUUUAAACUACUACAAAGCAUCAUAGCGAUAAAGAAAUUCAUAUUCAGCCAUGGCUUACUCAAGGGAGUACCCGACCAUCUUGCUCGGGGUCAUCCUCCUGUUUUGGUUUGUGAAGCCCACCCUCGCCUUCGGCGCUGGUAACAUUGCCGGGAUUUCUAGCAUCGAGGGCCAGAACUGGCGCCACGGUGACAUUGAAGAUGCCCUCCUCAAAGUCAUGAUGGCCCGCGCCGUCGGCGGCAAGAGAUUCGACAAGCUGAUGGUCUCCCGCGUCUACUUUGGCAACUGGCUCCGCGACUACUCCCAAGCCAUCGACGUCGGCACCGUCAAGAGCGUCUCUGCCGAGGCCAUCAGGCUCCUUCUCUGCGUGCUCGGAUUCAUUACUUUCGGCUACGGCAGCAAGGAGUUCGAGGUGACGGCCGACCGUCUGGGGUGUUACCGCCCCGAGGACCACAUCGACAACCCAAAGGACUAUGCCGAGAACGAGGACGCCAGGCAGUACCACCGCGCUCUUCGCGGCCCGGUCAACGAGGAGGUCGAGCUGGCGAUCGACCCCGAGACGGGCAUGAAGAAUUACAUUGCUAAUGAGAACAUCGGGAUCAUGACGUCGGCUGCGCACUGCAGGAAGCUGUUCACGGAUGCGAUUGAGCUUGGGAGGAGGUAUGGGAGGAGUGGGAACAAGGAUGAUUUGUAUGAGUGCCUGAGGUUGAUCGGGACUGGGUUGCACUAUUACUUCGCCCACAGUAACUACAUCGAACUCGCCCUCAUCGAAAUGGGUGAGCAAGACGUCUUCCCCCACGUGGGCCGCAACACAAAGAUCUCCCUCGAGGGCGCCAACGACGAAGUCUACCCCAUCGUCACCGGCACCUUUGGCGGCGUCGACUUCUUGCACUCGGUCACGGGCGAGGUCUCGGACAAGCUCAUCCAGAGUGAAAUCCAAGACCUGGAGAACACGCUCGAGCAGUCCAAAAACUCGGACCUGUCCUACCUCCGGGAGCUCCUCGACAAGAUCCCCGACGGGCUCAUCGGCGGCGACAAGAAAAACAAGGUCAACGAGAUCCAGGACAAUGCCAACGCCGCCCAGAUGGAGCAGACGAGCAUCUCGCCCAAGGAGACGGAGGAGUUUACCCGCCAGGUCCAGGACAUCUUCCGGCAGAUCAUGCCCGCGAUCGAGUACCACGACGACUUGCUCAAGAGCAUCUCGGAGGCGGUGUCUAGGAUUCCGAUUCUCCCCAAGAUUAUCGAGCAGCUCGAGGAGCAGCUCUCGUUGUUUGUGUUUCAGGUCAUCGCCCCGUUUGUGAUUCCGGUUAUCGAGCAGAUCAAGAACGAGCUCGCGACAGGCGCGACGGAGAUUAUCGAGUCGAGCAAGAACGAGCAGCACAUUGUUUUCGAGGACGAUGACGCUUCUGAUCCUACGCACUCGAUGCUGUCGAAGGAUCAUUUUACGAACAUUCUCAACGAGGUUGCUGGGCGGGCGGCGUCGAAGGUUGUUUCCUGGUCUGUGCCGCAGCUCAUGGAGGCUAUCGAUGACGAGGGGGUGGAUGUCGAUCGGGUUCUCAACAAGAUUAUCUAUGGUGUGCUCCACCACCCUGCGCAGCGGAGCACGGGGCCUGACGGGGCUGAUGAGGGCCGGAGGCUGAUUUAUGGGAUUGUGGAGGAGUGGUGGAAUGAUAUGGGGCGGGGUCAGCAGGAGGAUUAUAGGCGGAAGCUGAGCAGGGAGGGGGUGGAGAAUGGGGAGAAUCAUAGGGAGGGGGAGAAGGAUUGCGGGCAUGGGUGUGGGGGGGGUGGGUUGAAGGUGAAGAAGAAUUAUGCUAAUGCUGCGCCGGAGACGAUGGAGGAUCGGAUUGCCGAGGCGGCGGCCGGGCAUAUCGUUGCGGGGGUGAAGCAGAGCUUUAAGCAGGCGGCCGAGAAUGCGGGGACUGGGGAGGGGGGUGGAGGGUUGGGGGGUUUCUUGAGUAGUGUGGCGGGCAAUAUUUUUAACUCUGCUAGGCAGGAGAGGGAGAGGGAGAGGAGUGAGCAGCAGGAGGAGACGCCUAGCUAUGGGGGUGGUGGCUACAGACGUCAGCAGGAGGAGGAGGAGAGGCCUAGCUACGGCGGCGGCGGUUAUGGUGAGGCUGCCAGCUACGGCCGUCGUGAGGAGGAAAGCUCCGGUUAUGGCGGUGGCUACGGCCGUCGUGAGGAGGAAAGCUCCGGUUAUGGCGGUGGCUACGGUCGUCGUGAGGAGGAGAGCUCUGGAUACGGCGGUGGCUACGGUCGUCGUGAGGAGGAGAGCUCUGGAUACGGCGGUGGCUAUGGUCGUCGUGAGGAGGAGAGUUCAGGUUAUGGCGGCGGCUAUGGCCGUCGUGAAGAGGAAAGCUCUGGUGGCUAUGGCGGUGGCGAAGCUGCUAGCUACGGUCGUGGUGACUAUGGCGGCUACGGUGAAUCUAACACCUACAGUGGUUACGGUCGCCGGAGAGAUGACGACGAGGAGGAGGAUGAGGGACGUCGCCGGUGGUAA